AUGGUGCAUGCAUGACUUUGCACAUUUUAAUUAUACAUACAAGCGCAAGUGAGGAUGGAUUUGCUAAACAAAAUGUUGAACAUAGUAGCUCUACCAUUCUCCUUGUUUUCACUCUGUCUUUUGUUACCACCAUUUCAUUUUUUCAAGUUCGCCCUUUCUAUACUCAGCUCCAUCUCCGGUCAAGAUGUCGUCGCCGGGAAAGUUGUUAUCAUCACCGGCGCUUCCUCCGGCAUAGGCGAGCAAUUAGCGUAUGAGUAUGCAAGAAGAGGGGCAUGCUUAGUACUAGCAGCGAGGAGAGAAAAAAGCCUCCGAGAAAUAGCUAAUAGGUGCCUUGAGCUUGGGUCACCAGAUUCUAUUUCAGUAACUGCAGAUGUUUCUAAUGUUGAUGAUUGCAAACGAAUUGUUGAAUCAACCAUUACACGCUAUGGAAGAUUGGACCAUCUGGUGAGUAAUGCUGGCAUUACAUCAAUUAGUAUGCUCGAAGACUAUGAAGACAUCACUAUCGCAACCUCCAUCAUGGAUAUCAAUUUUUGGGGUGCUGCAUAUAUAACUCGUUUUGCAAUUCCACACCUUAGAAAUACUAGGGGAAAGAUCAUUGCAAUGUCUUCCUCGGCUUCUUGGUUACCGACACCACGAAUGAGUAUCUAUAACGCAAGCAAAGCCGCUAUGGUGGCCUUUUUCGAGACGUUGAGGGUAGAGCUCGGGUCAGAUAUUCAAAUAACUAUAGCUACUCCUGGAUUUGUAGAGUCUGAAAUGACAAAAGGCAAGCACCUUGCACCGGAAGGUUUGAUGAAUGUGGAUGUGAAUAUGAGAGAUGUGCAAGUAAGUGUAUUACCAAUUGCUAGCGGACAAAGCUGUGCGAAGGCAAUAAUAGACAGUGUAUGUAGGGGUGAUAGAUAUGUGACGGAACCAACAUGGUACAGGGUCUCCGGCUGGUGGAAAGCAUUUGCGCCAGAGCUCGUGGACUGGCUUUUCUCGGUGUUUUAUAUUGCCAAGCUUGGUGAUUCACCAACUGAUUCGUUAAGCAAGAAGAUAUUGGAUCUCCCCGGGUUACGAGCAUUGGUUUAUCCAUCUUCUGUUUACUCGCCUGGAGUCAAAACCAAGUAGUAUCUUUCUUAUUGUGUGCUUUGUCAAAUAUGUCAAUCUGUAUAUCAUACGAAGUAAAAGUUUAUUAUGUUAAUAAUGGAUUUGCAAGAAUUAUAUUUGGUUAA